AUGUUCCUCUCAUCCUUCUUGCAUAUGAUUCAACUUCAACGUCUCCCUAUUAUGCCACCAUCACAUUCGUUCAUCCAGUCGAAGAUGUUCAUGGAGGCAUCUGAUUCAAAUCCCUUUCACAUCAGAUUUAAAUCCACCGGAGAAUGUGCUUCUUCAUAUACCUUCCACCUCAUCCGCUAUUCCUUCAAACAUAAAUUUGGGAUUUUUAUGGCGGUGGCGACGCUAGGGCUUGCUUUAACAGACUACUCUUUUUCCAUCGUGUGCGACUUGAAGGCGACCUGUCUAAGGAGGAGAUUGGUGAUCAGAGACGUGAUAAGCGAGAUGGUGUGGUGGUUCAGAACAGAUAGGUGUUCAUCGGUUUUCGAAGCCCCAAGAAAUCGCUGGACAUCGAGACUUCACUGCAAGUCAAUGGCGUCUGAUCUCGUCGCCAAGGCUAAAGAGGCUUUCAUUGACGAUCACUUUGAACUCGCCGUUGACCUAUAUUCCCAGGCCAUCCUCAUCAACCCUACCGACGCCGACCUGUUCUCCGAUCGCUCUCAGGCUAACAUCAAGCUCACAAACUUCACAGAAGCUGUUUCUGAUGCGAACAAAGCAAUUGAGUUGGACCCCACAAAUCCAAAACCAUAUCUGCGCAAAGGCACUGCAUGUUUCAAUCUUGAAGAAUAUCUGACAGCUAAAACAGCCUUCAAAGCUGGUGCUUCUUUAGUUCCAGAUGAUACAAGAUUCAUAGAAUGGAUCCAAAAGUGUGACAAAUGCAUUGCAGAGGAAAAUGAUGAGGUAUCGAUGCAAUCUGUGGAUUCAAUUUCAACCCCCACUGAGGUGGCGACUUCUCAAGCACCUGAAAGAACCGAUGCAGCUACAAAAGAUGUGGAACAAGUAAAUAAUGUAUCUACCGAAUUGGCAACAAGGACUCCUGCCAAACCAAAAUUCAGGCAUGAAUUCUAUCAAAAACCAGAGGAGGCAGUUGUGAGUAUAUUUGCAAAAGGCAUACCAGCUGAGAAUGUCUCAGUUAGCUUUGGUGAACAAAUACUAAGUGUGACAAUUGACAUCCCUGGUGAAGAGGCUUACAUUUUUCAACCACGAUUGUUUGGAAAGAUAAUUCCUGCAAACUGCAAAUAUGUUGUCCUGUCAACAAAAAUAGAAAUUCGUCUUGCAAAAGUGGAACCAGUUCACUGGACAUCUCUUGAGUUUAGUAAUAACAGUUUGGUUGUAAGAAGCAGCACUGUUUCAUCAGGUAAUCAAAGGCCAAUGUACCCUUCCUCAAAACCUACAAAAGACUGGGAUAAACUUGAAGCUCAAGUGAAAAAGGAGGAAAAAGAUGAAAAACUUGAUGGUGAUGCAGCUCUGAACAAGUUUUUCCGUGACAUAUAUCAAGAUGCUGACGAGGAUACAAGAAGGGCCAUGAGAAAAUCUUUUGUGGAGUCGAACGGGACAGUGCUGUCGACCAACUGGAAAGAGGUGGGAUCGAAGGAGGUGGAAGGAACUGCACCGGAUGGUAUGGAACUCAGGAAAUGGGAAUAUUAAUUAAAAGCCAACGCACUUUUUGUUUUCUUUUGUUUUGUGUGUCAUAGCUCAUAACGUUGGUUAAUCUGUUAUUCAUAUUCCUUCUGCUAGUUUUGCUUUUUGUUGCUAUUUACUCUUAAGUUUAAACAUCCUUAAGAGUGUUUUUUUUUGGUAUAGAUGUGUUUUUGACUUUUAUGUUUUGAUGAAAAAUUUCUCAUUUUGGUUGAUAAUGAAAAAUGUAUGGUUUUAUAUUUGUUUCUUUUCUUUAAAAAGAUUUCAUGUUUAUAGCCCACCAAAGUGGUUAGGUCUAUCCAGACACAUGGAAUAAGAGGCUGUUUGGUAUGCCUCUUAAUGGUUCCAUCACAAGGUACGCUCUUGGUUGGACUUAUCUUAAUGGGACAUCUCAC